UUCUUCGUUUGCUCUUGCUCUGGGUUUAAUUUGGAACGGCUGAAACUCCCACUGAUUUAUCAUUUCCAGAAUUGAAAAUAUAUUUAAGCCGUUCUAAGAGUGCGCUCGAUUGUUAGUGUAGUCUUUUAGCUGAAAGUUCUCCCAUUAUUUAUUUUAAUUUCUCAUACUACGUGAACUACUAACGUAAAAAUAUUGAAGUUUGGCAACGCUGGACGGUAGAUAGUAGAUGUUCUCAAAGGAAGAAAUUGGCAAUGAUUGUUAUGUAGACAAGCUGUUUAAUGCACUGUUUGUGAGUACUUCUGCAUUGUUUUCAAAUUCACGGCUUGGCCAUUUAAUCGACAUUUACUGAAGUAUCAUACUGUUCUGGUGGAGAUUGCUUUGCAACCAUAGUGGACCAACGUGGUGACAGAUCAUUCGUUGUUUGGAUUCUUAUGUCAUUUCAUCAGCCAUACUUUUCUUUACAUGAUAAGAGAAGAUGCCUAGGAAAGCUGCAUCUUCUGCUGUAACAAGUCCACCACCUGAGCCCCGAUUUGCUCCAAAUGGAUAUCGGCUUCCUGAUCCUAUUAGAGAAGGGGAGAUAUUUACUGAUGUCACCAAAAAACAGUGGCGGCUUGGCCGUUCAAUUGGCUUGGGUGGCUUUGGAGAAAUUUAUCUAGCUUCUGACGACAUCAAGAAACCUGCAGGUAUAGAUUCUAAACAUGUUAUCAAAGUGGAGCCUCACAAAAAUGGCCCGUUAUUUGUUGAAAUGAACUUUUAUUUGCGAGUUGCAAAAUCUGAAAUGAUUGAAAAGUGGAUGAAGGAACGCAGAAUGAAGCAGUUAGGUAUGCCAUGUUAUUGUGGGUCAGGAUCUCACACCUAUAAAGGUGAAAGAUAUAGGUUUCUUGUUUUGCCACGCUUUGGAAAUGACCUUCACAAACUUUUUGAAAAGCAUGGUCGUCGCUUUCAUCUUCGCACUGCCCUUUCUAUUGGAAUUCAAAUUCUUGAUAUUUUGGAGUACAUUCAUUCUCAUGGAUAUAGUCAUUCAGACAUCAAAGAUUCAAACCUUCUACUAGGCUUUGGUGCAAGUCAAAAUGGACACAUCUACUUAUUGGACUAUGGUUUAGCUUCAAAAUACGUCGAUCGCAUUGGUCAACAUAAAGAAUAUCGCCAAGAUGAUCGGAGGGCGCAUGAUGGUACCAUUGAAUACACUUCCAGAGAUGCCCAUUUUGGAGCUCACUCACGUCGUGGCGACAUGGAAAUUUUAGCCUACAAUAUGCUACAGUGGGUUUGUAGCAGGCUGCCCUGGGAGGAUGAUUUAAGUGAUCCCGAGAAAGUUGCUGAGCAGAAACGGGAGUGUAUGGAUAACAUUCCCCACUUUCUCCGCUUAUGUUUUCCAAAUGAUGAUGCUCCAUCUGUCCUUGAAUGGUACCUAAAGUAUGUUGGUGGCUUAAAAUUUGACUCUAAACCAGACUAUGCCUUGUGCAAGCAAAUGUUUCGUAAGGAAAUUCGUAAGUUGGGAUCCUCUUACAGUGGAGUCAUCACAUUUGAUUCUGCACCCUCUCUCCCCAAAGUUGUAAAGGCUAAAGAUAGAAAGCGGAAAGCAUCUGAAGAGCCAGAGAAUGUUGGUAAAAGAAAUCCUAGGAAGAUAGCUCGCAGUAGUGCAAGACAACCAUGUGCUCAACAGAACAGCAACAGAUUGACUAGAGGUUCUCAACCAACCCAACCAGUGUUACGUUCCCAAGAACCAUUUAGUUGGGAGAAAGUCCUUCUAAGUGAUCCUGAGAAGCAGUUCAGAGUUCAAGCUGAGAGACUGAAAAAGAAUAAAUUGAAAAGAAGUAGACUCAUAAGUGCAACUGCUCUCCUUGAAGAGACAGGAAGUCUUGAUCCUGUUAGUAACCUUGUUAAAGAUUCCUUGUUAUCACCUGCCACCGCUCUUCAGCUGGCUACUGAUGCUGAAAGUCUUAAAAAUCCUACACCAGCCAUGUUGGAGCAGAUUGCUAGGAUGCGUAUGAAGAAAGGGAAUGCAAGUCCUACAAACAGCUUAAGAGGAAAAUCUAAAAGUGACAGUAGCCGUUGUAGCAGCCCUGUUGACAACCCAAACAUGUUGACGCCUGCAAUGGAAAAUGUCAUUCGGCGUAGGGAAGGCAACUUCUUAAAUUUCCAAUAUGCAGAAAGUGACGAAAGUUCUAGUGAAAGUUAUGCACCUCCGUAUGUACCUCCAUACCAUAUGAAAUUAACUCAAGGGCGCUGCACUAGAUUAGGUCUACGCAAUAGACCAGCCUUAAACAGAAAUCCUGUCAGAAGACAGUCCUGUGACUCAGAUAGUAAUCAGAGUGAUAGUAUCGAUUAUGUCAAUCCUGUAAUAGUUUCUAACAAAAGAAAGCGCAGAGCACCCUCCAAACUUUCUCCUCGCAAAAACAAGCUGCCCUCAAAACAAUUAUCAACCAGUGAGAAUAUAGCUGCUAGAAAGAAAAGCAAUGCUAUUAGCAAGAAGUAUCUCACAAGGUUUCGCAAUCUUCGCAAUUCAACACUUAAAGGAUAAGAAAAUUACAAAGCUAUGUAAAUGUUCCUCAUCAGUUAUCGCACCACAUGACGAUUUCUCAUAAAGCUAAAGAUUUCUAUGUUGGUAUCAAUUACCUAAGUUUUUGACAACCCUACUGUGCCAGCCUACCUUCCAGGUUUCAUGCAUUUUUUCCCCCUUUGACUUUUUCUUUUUUGGCCCCUUUUUCUUCUGUUUUUUCAUGGUAUAAAAUAAUUACCUUACAUUGUAGAUUUUUGUUUUGUUUUUUCUACUAACAAUUUUCUUUUUUAAAAUUUUUUGUGCAAUGUGUUUAUUUUGAAAUAUUACUAUUCUCUUUGUACAUCUUAUAAUUACUUUCAUUGCUCUACAAUUUAUGGUUGUGGAACUUAUCAAGGUAAGUUUUAGCCAAUGUAAAUUUUCCUUGAUAGCAUUGUUUUGUUUAUUUCAUUUUUAAAAAAUUGGUAAUUUGGUUUGAAAUGCACUUUCAUCCAAAAACAUCAGCCUUGUCUAGGCACUCUUAAUAGGCCUUUUGGCCAUGCUGAAGAAGUUAAAUCAUGUGUAGUUCUUGCCUGUUCUACUGAAAGGUAAAACAGCCCCCGACUCAUAUACAAAGUUAAAUUUACAGUAGUUUCUUUAUUGUUAAAUUUGAUUUAGUUUUUUUCUCCUGUCCCUGCUCUAUUGGGACUUAAAAUAUUUACAUAUUUGUCCAUGUAAGUAAUAUUUGUGAUUUAUAAGGGGGAGGAGGUGAGAAUGACAAAGUGGCUUGUUCAACAAGUAUGAUUGUCAUUCUCUCAUCCUCAACCUGUGAUGCAAAUUAAGACGGCUUUUAAGCUGUUUCCUUAACAAUGCAUGACUGAGGGGAUUAACUCCAGAGCUCAUCUGUUAGACUUUUGACUGUAUUUCCUGUCUGUUAUCUGACAGAACAGCUGGUCCACCAUUCCCGAGACUGAGUUUGCUAGCUGAGUGUUAACGGGAGUAGAUCAUUGUUUUUCUUUAUUUCUUUUGAGACUGAAUAUAAGGUGGUUGAGGGUUUUGUCAGUGCUUCAUUGCAAAUGUUCUUUUUUUUCUUUUUUUUUUAAAUCUCUAGCUUGUCCUAAGCUUUUGCCCUCUUGUCAUCUUUUAGAUUGAGGUAUUUUUUAUUAAAAACAAGAAAACUAGAAAUAGGUUCAUAGUAGCUUUGGGGUCCAUUUCUAAUGGUGCCACUUUAAGUGCCUCUGUUGGGUGAACUAAGCAAAUGUUAAAGGGCCUUUUUGAUGAGGUCGGUAUGCUUUAGAUUAUUAUUGUAAUGGAAGUACAUAGUACGAAAGAGAUAGGGAAGAUUGCCAUUGUCUUGAAACAACUCUUUUAAAAUAUACUUCAGUUCAGGAUUUUAAGAAUGAACCCUGUGUAAUCUACAUUAAUGACAAUGUUAAGACUGAAUAUAGAAUAAUAUCUGAAUCUGAAUGUUGUCUGUGCUUAAAACACACAAAACAUCUUUCAGAAAAUUUGUGUUCAGUUACAGUGGUUAAGCCUGCAGCUUCUCAUUGUAUUCUGAUGCAUGUUCAAACUUUCCUUCAGCCAGGGGCUUAUGUACCAUCUUGUUUUCUUACCCUUAGCACACCUGUGUUCAUUUCAACCUUUGGGCAGGUGUUUUCUGUCCAUUUUCUGGUGUUUUGGGAUAUCAAGGUUCCAUGUUACCUAACUAGGCACAUCUCCAUUAAAUUCUCACAGCUAAUGAGCUGUAAUGUUUCCUCCUCCUUUUUUUUGUGAUGUAUUUUAGAACAAGUUAACAUUAAAUGUAUCUAUCCAUUUAUUAUAGUAACUUUUUAGAAAAUUGAUAAGUUCAAGUUUGGUUUAGAUUGAGCUAAUGCUGGUCUCAGAAAAGAAAGGGGUGCAAGGUGUUUUUGCAUCUCUUCCAUAUUAAAUUUCCGCCGUAUAAGCCGACCCGCGUUUCUGGAUAUGUCAAAAUGUCAUUAAAGUCACAAGUUGCUGUUUGAGGCUCUCGAAAUCGGUCAAAAAAAUGUCGGCUCCUACAGCGGAAACUACGGUACGUCUUGGCGUAGCCUUAAUAGUUCUGUGUAUUUUUAUUUGUCCAAUUAUAAGGAAAUAAGUAUAAUUGUACAAACUGAAAAGUUAUAUUCCUGGUGUAUAUGCAUUUCUUUUAGCCUUCAAAGCCUUUAUUUAAAGAAUUUAUCUCUAUUUGAGUUGUAUUACUCCAUCAGAAAUUAAAAUGGUUAUUGAUUUAUUUAUUGAAAAAAAAUACAUAGUUACUGAAUUAUGAAGAAGAAUUUCUCUAAGAAUUAUAAUGGAACAAACGUGUGGUGAGAUUAUAUAGAAAGUAGUGGACAGCAUUCUUUAUAGCUAGUCAUUCAAAUCAAUGCUAUAGGCUUCAUAACAUUUCUAUCUUUCCCUGAUCUAAGGCAUUCAAAUAUUCCCAUUUUGUGGUUGAUGCCAUCUACAGAUUGUACCUUUAGUUUGUUGUGUGUUGGUUUCACGUACUUAGUUAAUGAAUCACAUGUUGGUCAGGAUUCUGCGUUCAGCUACUGUGAAAAAUAAUUGGAGCAUUCUAUCAGUCCACAUUUUAAAUCUAAUUCAUCUCCAACAUUUGUGCAGUAUAAAGCUGGAAUUGAGCGUACAUAAAUUUAACUUACCAGUAUUAUGUUCCUUACAUCAGAAGACAUGGCGGUCUACAGCCCUACAUACUUUUUACUUUUGUUCUAUUUUGUCAUUCAUGUCUUUUAACUUCCGAACUCAUGUCACUCUUUGACGUAGAGAAUUGGCGUAUGCUAAAGCAGUUUCCUCCAAAUCUGUAUUUUUUUAUAAAAUGUGAUGUGAAAAAAGAGAAAGAAACAACUGGGAACAAGCACUGUUGAGUGCUGCUCUUUGAGACACCUUGUUUGAAUAGUUGGUGUAAAUGUUACCAUUGUUGCUCUGGUAUAUACGGUUGGACCGUAACAUAUAUGCAGUUUGCAAUAUGUUUGUGUACCCUGGAGUCCUCAACAGUUGCAUUUUUUAGCCGACAGUAAUUUUAAUCCCUUGUUACUAACAUCAAUCUUGUUCUUUUUUUCUUGUUUUUCAUAUCACAUUUAAAUGGAGUGUGGCUGUGAGAAAUUCCUCAAAAUACACAUUGAAUUCAAAAACAAACAUUAACUAUUAAGAGAAAAGGUAUAUUGUUGGUGCUAAUCUUGUCUAGCACACCAGUGACAUAGUUUGCUGGUCUUUAUUUGUCUGGCCAUUUUGUACAAACCUGUGCUACACUUGUAGUUGGUACCAGACCAGCUUGUCAGAUCAGAUUGAUUUUUCUUGAACCCUGUGUUUUCAUACUUGCUCGCUACUGUAGGCCUAACUGUGUAAGAGUAUACUUCAAUAAAAUGUUAUGAGUUACCCAUUCAUUAA